AUGGAGAAGGAAAGAGACACUCAGGUUUACAUGGCCAAGCUUUCCGAACAGGCCGAGCGAUACGAAGAAAUGGUUGAGUGCAUGAAGACAGUAGCAAAGCUUGACGUUGAGUUAACUGUGGAAGAGAGGAACCUUCUGUCGGUGGGAUAUAAAAAUGUCAUUGGUGCACGGAGAGCCUCUUGGCGUAUUAUGUCUUCAAUUGAACAAAAAGAGGAGUCUAAGGGAAACGAGAACAACGUGAAAGUGAUCAAGAGUUAUUGCCAAAAGGUUGAGGAGGAACUAUCCAAAAUUUGCAGUGACAUUCUCACAAUUAUUGACCAACAUCUCAUUCCUUCUUCCACCACAGGAGAAGCUACCGUUUUCUACUAUAAGAUGAAAGGUGACUAUUUUCGAUAUCUUGCUGAGUUCAAAUCCGAUCAAGAUAGGAAGGAGGCAGCUGAGCAGUCACUCAAGGCUUAUGAGGCUGCUUCAGCCACUGCAAGCACGGAUCUUCCAUCAACACAUCCAAUCCGUCUUGGUCUUGCACUCAACUUCUCUGUCUUCUACUAUGAGAUUAUGAACUCUCCUGAAAGGGCCUGUCAUUUGGCUAAACAAGCUUUCGAUGAGGCAAUUGCGGAUUUAGAUACCUUGAGUGAAGAGUCAUACAAGGACAGUACUUUGAUCAUGCAGUUGUUGAGAGACAACCUUACUCUUUGGACCUCCGAUUUACCCGAGGAUGGAGGUGAUGAAUUCAAAUCAGAAGAUGCCAAACUCAUUGAACCUGAGCACUGA